AUGACGUCGUGGUUUUCCUACAAGUGGAUUCCAUAUUACUCAACUGCAAUACGUGUGAAUUUCCAAUACAAAGUGACUGGAGAUAACAAUACUUUAUCAAUCUCUGUUCGAACCGUUUCUGGUGACAGAACACUGCUCUGGAGAAUACACGGCAACCACGGCAGCAGGUGGAAAAAUGGCACCAUAACAUAUUGGCCUACUCAGAAAUUUGAG